AUGGCCGCCAGCGUCGUCGACGGCAAUGGAGGCAGCCGGCUGGUGGUGACGUUGCUGGGCCACGUCAAGGAGCUGGCGACGCAGCUGGAGGUGCACCUCGGCGGCUCCUCGCCCGACCUCUGCAAGCACCUCGCCUCGCAGAUCUCCUCCAUCGCCGAGCGCUCAAUCAGCCUGCUCAUCACCACCUCCAGCCUCGGCGGCGCCCGGAAGCGCUCCGCCGUCGCCAGCCCGCUCAGCGACGCCUCCGACGCGCCCUUCAUCAAGGCCACCAAGAAAAGGAAGACCAUGGACAAGAAGAGGCAUGAGGUGAGGGUGAGCUCGGCCGGAGGCGGCGGCGACCACCCGGCCGACGACGGCCACUGCUGGAGGAAGUACGGCCAGAAGGAGAUCCUUGGAGCCAAACACCCAAGGGGCUACUACCGCUGCACGCACCGGCACUCUCAGGGAUGCGCGGCGACGAAGCAAGUGCAGCGCACAGACGAGGACCCGACGUUCUUUGACGUCGUUUACCUCGGCGACCACACCUGCGUUCAGAGCCAGAGGGCGGCGGCGGGCCAGGCUGCCGCGGACGCGCUGGCGCCCGAGUACAAUGACAAGCCGGGCACCAACCUGACGGUGAAGACCGAGGGGUCGACCGUGGAGCCAGAGCAGCAGCUGCAGGGCUGGGACACGUCCGCGCCCUUCUUCUUCUCCUCCACGCCGGCGACGGCGAGCGGGUGCCUCGUGCCGGAGCGCAGCCCCUUCUCCGCGCCGUCCACGUCCGAGAACUGGGGCGUGUCCCCGGCGACCUCGGACUCCAACCACGUUGUCUCUUUCCCGCCUUUCGAGGUCGCCGGCGACGACGUGCAGUUCGUGUUCCAAGAAGUCAUGUCAACGAUCGACAGAGCCGACGGCGACGGGUUCGUCGACGAGCUCGACAUCGACGUCUCAAGCUUCUUCGCGUGA